UGUCACAAUGCCUCGCCCACUGUGGAUGCCUGGUUACUGGGCCAUCUCAGGGAAGCAGUAAGACCAUGGCUGGCUGCAACAAUCAAAGGACAACAGGGGACCUGGGAUCCAGAGGUCAGGGGACUGCAGGCUAUUAAAAAAUAAUCCCUGGGCUAGGAAGCAGCCAAGAGAUCCAGACAAGGAUGUGGAACUCCAGAAACCUCUCAGUGGAACUCACAGAAAACAUCGGACUCCCUCUGACACUGCUUGAAAGUCACAACCCUUGGCCAGCCUAUGUCACAUAUACCGCCCCAGCAGUGAGUCGACUCAUUGACAAAAGCCUAGUCCGAGAGCUGGAGUGCAUGCAUGCUGCUGAGGAAAACCGCAAACCAACGAGGUUGAGCAAACCUAGUUUCAUGCAACUGAAAAGGAAGAAGUCCUCCAAGUCCUCAGAACUCAUGCUGAAGGAUGCCCUAUCAGAAGCCAGGCUAUCCCCUUGGGAACUUUGCUCUGCAACAAAUAUUCCCACAGUUAUCCUAGAACCUACACAAUCACAAAUGGAAAUCAGAGAGGGUCCCACAUCAAACUAUAACAAGAUUAUUUUCUCCAGGAGGCCUGCAAUGUGGAAGCUCCCAUAUGGUUUACUACAGCCCAGCAAGGAGACGAAUGCCAAAGUUUAGCAAAGAGCCCUGCAGCCACCCCCUGAGAAUGUACAGCAGUUACACACCAUUUGCUACAAAUUACAUCCGUGUCCUUGAAACUUGUACUUGUUCCUGUUUAUACAUAGGCUGGCAGACAGAGACCUUGUCAGAA